AUGGGUCCAGAAAUACAGUACGACGAUGGACCUCAGGAACCAAGAGAGAGAACAUUGGAGAUGUCACUACCUUCAUCCCAAAAUGAUGAUAAAUCCCAAGAAGUCAAAAAAACAGUAUCUGAAAUUUCGCUACCUUCUCCCCAACCAAUGACACCCAACAGAGCAAACCGGCCCAUCGUUACCCCCAAAAACCCACCACUCUAUACCCUGAAGCGCCAGAAAGACUUCCGCGACAGAGACAUAUACUUCGCCAUCAAAUGGGCAUGCGGUAUCCUAACCGUCGCAGCCUCCAUCGUCUUCGGUAUCUGGGCGCCUUUGUCUUACGAAGCCACGAUCGCCGACAACGAUACCCAGAACUCCAUGGUCACCGUCCUCUCCAACGCCAAAGAUCUGGCUUCGACGGCCAACAUCAUCGCGUCGAACGCACUGGACACCGCAAGCGCACAGCGCGACGCGAUGGCAUCACUGUACAGCACGAUCGGGCUGAUGGGACAGCUGGCCGUCAUGGAAUUCUGCUACGGGCAACAGACGCUGAGCGCUUGCGGUGCCUACGUCCAGGGAGCGGAGCAUUCACUCGAGAGCCUGAUCGAUCGACUAGGACACAGGGCGGUUUCGACCACUGCGACUGAGCCGGCGGGGCCAUCUGUCGCGACGGUUACCCCGGAAGGUAGGGGCGCUGAAGCUGUUCCUGAUGCAGCUCCUCCUCCUCCUUCCAAUAAUGCAGCUUCCGAUCCUGGGGCAGCAGCUCCGACGGAACAGCAACCGGCAUCUUGA